CUCAGGUGAAGGCAUUCCUCAAGGCUCGAGCGAGCUUCCAGGGCAAACCCUAUUGAUAGCCAUUUCAAUAGGAGAGAUGAUUUGGUCAAAUUAUUUGAUUAUAUCUUUAUUGCAUGAUAAUCCCACUAGUGUGUAUAUAUAUAGAAGAGCUAGCUAUUAUUCUUCUUAUAUUGUAAGCAAAGAUGAAGAGCUUGAUAAUAUUUGUCUUCCUUCUCAUCUUACCAGCUGAAGCUUUCCGUCCAACCCUUCUGCUAGGCAAUUUGAUAGAGAGAACUUGCAGGCAAACGCCAUUCUAUGAUCUUUGCGUUUGGUCUCUGAAAACGAAUCCUGAAAGCCGCAAUGCAGACGUCAAGAAGCUAGCUCGAAUCAUGGUGGAUUCAGUACUCAAGAACAAAGCAACAGACACUCUCGAUCUCAUCGACGAGCUCCUCCAGGAUGGGUUUGCACUAGACCCUGCACUGCACAAGGCCUUGUCUUCUUGUGCUGAACGGUACAGUGUUAUCAUAGGAGGAGACGUGCCAGAGAUCAUUGAAGCUCUCGAGACAGGUGAUUAUAAGUUCGCUGAGAGAGGCACCAAUGACGCAGCUAUGGAGGCGAAUUCUUGUGAAGUUGAAUUUCCAGGGAAAUCUCCAUUAACCCAUAUGAAUAAGGUGGUGCAUGAUGUAUCUGUUGUAGCUGCAUCUAUUGUCAAAAUAAUACUCCAUAGCCAAUGGUGAGAGAUGAGAACAAUUUUUCUUUCCUUUUUUCCUUUUGAUUGCAAUGAUGAUACAUGCAAUCAAUACUCAAAAUCUUCUUCUCUUUCGAGUUAUCAAUAAAAUUUUACGUUUCAAA